UUUAUGCCGCCCACCGUCAAUCCCCCUCCCUUAGGACUUCACCAUGACUCUGUAUCUAAGGCACUACUGGAAGGACGAAAGGUUGGCUUUUCCAAGCGCCACAAAUAAGAGCAUGACUUUUGAUGGGCGCCUAGUGAAAAAAAUCUGGGUCCCUGAUGUGUUCUUCGUCCAUUCUAAGAGGUCCUUCAUCCAUGACACCACCACCGACAAUAUCAUGCUGAGGGUCUUUCCAGAUGGCCAUGUUCUGUACAGCCUGAGGGUAACAGUUACUGCUGCUUGCAACAUGGAUUUCAGUCGUUUCCCUCUGGACUCACAGACAUGCACUCUGGAGCUGGAGAGCUACGCUUACACUGAUGAAGACCUGAUGCUUUACUGGAAAAGUGGGGAUGAAUCCCUAAGUACAGAUGACAGGAUCUCUUUAUCUCAGUUUCUCAUCCAGAAGUUUCACACCACCUCCAGACUGGCUUUCUACAGCAGCACAGGCUGGUACAACCGGCUGUACAUCAACUUCACCCUACGACGGCACAUCUUCUUCUUCCUGCUGCAGACAUACUUUCCUGCCACUCUGAUGGUCAUGUUGUCCUGGGUGUCCUUCUGGAUCGACCGCAGGGCUGUUCCUGCCAGAGUCUCUUUAGGUAUAACUACAGUGCUGACUAUGUCUACUAUUAUUACUGGAGUCAACGCCUCCAUGCCAAGGGUCUCUUACAUCAAAGCUGUCGACAUUUACCUCUGGGUUAGUUUUGUCUUUGUAUUCCUCUCUGUGCUUGAAUAUGCAGCAGUCAACUAUCUGACCACAGUGAGGGAUGGUAAAGACCGGAAGCUAAGAGAAAAACUAAAGGAACAGUCCCAAACGUUGCCCUGUACUUGUGGCAUGCCUCACACCAAGACCAUGAUGCUGGAUGGAAUGUACAGCGAGGCAGAUGCAAACAGUCUGGCAGGGUACACCAGAGCCUCUAUGGCAGCAGAGGAUCCAUCCGACAAACAGGAGCAGAUGGUGGUCCAUCUCACAUUGGACAAUGAGUCCACAGAGACUAAGAAGAAGGGCAUUCGCAGUUUCCGCAUAAUCCAGAACACCCACACCAUUGACACUUACUCCCGCAUGAUCUUCCCAGGCGCUUACAUCUUAUUCAACCUGAUCUACUGGUGUGUGUACUGCUGAGUGUGUGCAUUUUAAAUAAAGCUGCAAAAGAAAAAA